UCUCACAGCAAAGACAAGAAGAUCUUGUUGUAUGAGAGCGUCGCCGGGGCUCUACGAAAUGCUUGCAAUCAGCAUAGUGGGAACUGUAUGACGUUUGCGAGAAACAUGGGAAUGCAUGCUGUGAUGAACGUGAUAUUCUCUGCUCGGAGUGUUCAGCUUGAAGCAAUCUGUGUCAUCAGAAAUGCAUGUGUGGGUUACUAUGAGAACAAGAAUCAUCUUUCGUCAUGCGGUGCUUUCUGGAACUUCGCUCAGAUCCUGAACUCUCAUCCCGACAAUCAAGUUAUUUGCGAGGAAGUCGUCUCUGCGAUCAGGUAUGGCAUCGUUGGCCACAACGCGAACAAGAAUGCGGCAGGAGAAGCUGGGCUCAUACGGUUGGUGGCUGCGACGCUUCUACCGGGGCCCUUGGAAGGGACUGAGCGGUGCAAGGAAGAUGCGGCUGCUUGUCUGAGGAUUCUUUGCGAAGAGUCUCCUGACAGAAGCUCCGAGCUAAUGAAAUGCUCGGGGAUCCCAGGACUGAUGCUGCUCGUCACGACCGGCUCGGCCUCCUCGCGUGAAGAAGGGAUUGCAGCUCUCGCCAACGCCUGCAACGCCUACAGUAUGAACAUCGACCUCCUCACAAAGGAGGACAUCGACGAGGUACACAAGCUCGACACGUCAUCACAGGCAAGUACUGCAAUGACUAGGAUGUACGCCAAGAGCUUGAAGAUCAUGAUCAGAAACAGAGACUUGAACCCAUGCGGCAACCUGUGCAGUGCGCAAGAGACGUCAUAUCUGCUGAGAGAUUCUUUUACCACCUGGUGCCCUCGAAGCUCUGUGGUCAAGGAGAUAGUCGAGAGUCCUCUGCUCGGAAGAAGAAAAUUGCUGAAAGGACGGUCUUUGACCAACAAGCCAAAGGAACUUCCCACUUUCAACCAGAAAUUCCGCUUAAUUGACAAUGACGAUGGUCAGAAAAGACGGAGCAAGUCUCGAGCUGAUAUUCCAGAGAGAACAUCAAGCUACGAGGAUUUCAGGGGUGUUUUCUUACUUGCGCGAGGACAAUCUGUCCUUUAACUCUACUGUUUAUGUAAUGGAGGCGAAAAAAAUGUU